AUGAGAUCCAUCUUGCAGGCGGCAGCUUUUGCUGUCACUGCAUCGGCGGCAGUCCUUCGAAGGGACCAAUGCUGCUUCCAGAUCAACUCUUCCGGAGGUGUCUCAGGCGUCAUGGGCCAGUACGAAGAUGGUCAGAACAGAAUCAAUGGCAGCUAUGCGCCCGCGACCUACUGCUACAGCAACGGCGGCAUCGUCGAUGCUCACGGCCGUGGAUGCGUUGUGACAUAUACCAACGACGCCACUCACCAGUUCCAAUGCGACCUGAACAGGCCCCCAACUUACGGCUUCUCGAUUGCGAACAAUGGCAGCAUCAUGUAUCAGGGCAGCGACCAAUUUUACGCCUGCCCGUACAUUACCGAGUACAACGUGUACACAACCUGGCUGAAAGGACAAGACAAGUGCCGACCUAUCAAGUUGAGCACUAACGGCACUUGCUCUGGCGCUGCUCCAUCCGGCGGUUUCGCUGCUCCAUCUGGCUACUCAGUCCCAUCAUCGCAGACUUCCGUUGGCGCCGUGGGCAGUGUACCUGGUUACGGCCAGAGCACCGGUGGCUACUCUUCUGCUGCUCAACCUUCCACGGCGGGCUACAGCUCCGCUUCACAGCCUGUCGUACCUGGCUACGGCUCUGGCUCUGCCUCCCAGCAAACCCAGCCUGCCUACACCUCGCAAACCAGCGCUCCAGGAUACUCUUCGGCAACCGAAGUCGGUGCCAUCACUGAAACCACGGCGCCCGGUUACGCCUCUCAAUCAGUCCCUGGCUACGGCUCUCCCUCCGCCUCCCAGGAAACUGUGCCUGCUCAGAGUACGUAUGGCUCUCAGAGUGUGCCAGCCUCCGCUUCAUCGUCACAGCCUGUUGUACCAGGUUACGGAUCUUCUUCCAUCGUCCAGGCGACAUCGGAGGCAAGCGCUCCAGGCUAUGGUCCUUCGUCCGAGUCUGUUGCCACUGCCCCAUUCAGUGCCGCAUCUGUUUCAACUGCUUCGCUUCCUACUGCCAGCUCUGAGACCGGUGCUACCGUUCCCGCAUACAGUGCUAGUUCGGCCACACAGGCGACUGCCCCAAGUGCUUCGCAAUCUAUCAUAGUUGGAUCCAGCUCUGCCACGUUCCCUGCCGUCAGCUCGGAGACACAGGCAACCGUGCCGGCGUACAGCUCGUCUGCUUCUGUUUCCUCUGAAAGCACUAAGCCCGCCGAGAGCACCGUUGCCACUUCGAUAGAGAGCAGCCCAGUCCAAAGCGUGCCUGGUGAGACCUCUACCGCAGCAAUUCCCUCGUACCCAGUGGGAAGCUCCAGCAGCAUUCUACCAGAGGAGACCACCACACCGGCGAGCGCUUCUAGCACUGGCAGCGGCCCUGUACCAAGUGGCAGCGCACCAGCAGGCACUACGGUUACCGUCGACACUACGUACUACACGACUUAUUGUCCAGUGACCGCGACUCAGACUUCUGGUGGCUCCACUUAUACUACCACCUACUCCACCUGGUCUACUUUACCCGUCGUUGGUGGCUCUACUGGCACCGGCAUCUUUGCCAGCUCCGCAAGUGCACCAGGCUCGUCAGCUGAGGUGAGCACCGGCGUGGCUCCUUCUCCAAGCUCUGCUAUCAUGACCACUGCUACUGUCUCGGAGACCAAAGUCAUUACGAUCACUUCCUGCGCAGCGACUGUGACCAAUUGCCCUGCACGCAGCGCCACUGAGGUUUACACUACCAGCAGCGUCAACGUCUACACCACUGUUUGCCCUGUCGAAUCUGCAUCUUCGCUGUUGUCUUCUGCGUCCUCUACCGCACCAGCAAGCAGUGUGGCCACCGAGACCGCUCCAGCUACUAGCAGCCCCGUCUCAGCGCCUCAGGGCACUGCGCCAGCAUCAAGCUUGCCCGUGACCAGUGUUGCUUCCACCAGCACUGGAGCCGUGGCAUGGUCUAACAGCACCACCUGCACCGAGUCCACUGCUGCCUUCAGCACCACACCAGCUGCAUCCUCGGCUUCCGAGUCCUCUCCGGCCACCACCUCGGCUGCAUCCUCACCAUCCAGUAGCGGCACUUCCACCACCACCGGCACGGCUUGCCAGACUUCUCUGACGGGCAGCUACCAGACUCCUCACCUCAUCAUCCCAAUCUCCUCUGGUUCGCCCGACACUGCGUAUGCAACCAGCUACAAUGCCUCGAUCAACUCGGACUGCAGCACCAUCUUCAACUUCGACAUUCCCGAGUCGUACGCCGGCAAGACGUGCUCCGUGAUCUUCCUUUUCCCCAAGCAAGAAGAUCUCGAGACGUCGGCGUACACUUUCAACGGCGAGGGAGACAUCGACUUCUAUGAGUUGAGCGGAGUGGCCACCGAGGCCACGACAUACAACAACGCUCCGAGCAAGAACGAGACGUUGAACACGAUUGCUAUCCAAGAGGGCAACAGCUAUGUCGUCUCGACCGGGGCUUGUGCGGCUGGCACGACGGAGAGCAUCGAAUUGAGCUCCAGCAAUGGAUUGAGCUUGGAGUUCUUUGAAGAUUGGAACCCGAGCAGCUUGGGGCUCUACAUUACGGCUUGCUAA